GUUCACACUUUUAUUGAGUGUUUGCUAAAGAGGAAACCUCGGGAGAUUGGGGCGUGUCCGCGCGCAGCCCCCAUCGCCUUUGUCUCUUUGGUCUGUGCCAUCCAUCUCCCCAUGGACAGCCUGCAGAGCGGGGCCAGUAAAGGGGCUGCUACCCUUCAAACACCACAGACCACAUCACGUCAUAGAUGCCACCCUGCCGCCUUUACCGCUCUAUGACUGACUGUUGAGGAAACAAUAAAGCCAAAAUUCCUCUGAGCUUGAGCAAAAGGAGCCAUGAAUCUGCUGCUGUCCCUCACUGUCUUCUGCCUGCUGCCUCUGGCCUUGAUGGCCAAGGAAAACUUACCACUGAACUGCAUCCCCCGCAGAUCUGUGCCUUAUCACAGGGACAAUGCUCGUUUUUUUAGUGAGAAUGAUGUCUAUAACUACUCCACCAUGCUGUUGAUAGAAGAUAAAGGCGUGCUCAUGCUUGGUGCUAGGGAAAAAGUGUACGCACUUGACCUCUAUAACAUCUCCCAGAAACAUGCUUCAGUUGCAUGGGAAGCAACACCAACAAAAAAGACAGAUUGUAAAAACAAAGGAAAAAAUGCAGAGAUGGAGUGCUUGAACUAUAUCAGGAUCCUGCAUAAGGUGGGAGAUGACAGAAUGUAUGUGUGUGGAACCAAUGCUUUUGAUCCCGAGUGCGACUACGUGUCCUUUUCAGGUGAUGCAUUGACUUUUGAGAAGAAGGUGGAGGAUGGCAAAGGGAAGUGUCCAUUUGAUCCUUUCCAGAGAUACGCUUCAAUCAUGGCAGGUAAUGAUCUUUACUCAGCCACGUCAAUGAACUUCCUCGGCUCUGAACCCGUCCUAAUGCGCAGCUCGUCUGGUACCAUACGGACUGAGUUUAAAAGCUCCUGGCUUAAUGAGCCCACCUUUGUUUCCAUGGCUCAGAUGCCAGAGAGCAAGGAAAGUGAAAGCGGAGAUGACGACAAAGUUUACCUGUUCUUUAGUGAGACCGCUGUAGAGUGCGACUGCUACAACAAACUGGUGGUGUCCCGCGUGGCCCGCGUCUGCAAGGGGGAUCUUGGUGGUCAAAGGACUUUGCAGAAAAAGUGGACAACCUUCUUGAAAGCUAGAAUAGACUGUCCUGUGCUGGAGUCCCAGCUGCCGUACAUUAUCCGGGACGCAUACCGCUGGUGUGACCCCGAGAAGGAUUGGAAGAGCUGUACUUUUUACACCGUCUUCACAGCACAGUCGGACACAUCAGACUUGUCUGCAGUGUGUGCGUACCGCGUGUCAGACAUAAGCCGAGUGUUUGCAGAGGGGAAGUACAAGACCCCAGUCCCCGUAGAAACCUCCUUUGUUAAGUGGGUGAUGUAUAGUGGAGAAGUGCCCGUCCCUCGGCCUGGAGCUUGUAUAAAUAAUGCAGCUCGUAAAGCGGGCAUACAUGAAACUUUGGAUCUACCAGACCGAACCCUUCAGUUUGUCAAGGACAAGCCCCUCAUGGACCAGGUUAUCCAGCCAAUAGGAGAUAAACCUCUACUGGUGCGCAGAGGAGCUACAUUCACACAGAUCAUAGUAAACCAAAUGAAAGCUGCAGAUGGCAACAAGUACACCGUGAUGUUUAUAGGCACAGACAAAGGCACAGUGCUGAAAGCUGUGAACUACGACGGAGAGAUGUUCAUCAUAGAGGAAGUACAAAUCUUCCACCCCCCUCAGCCAAUCAAGAUUCUUAAAUUUUCAAAUAUCACGAUCCAAGGUGUACAUGGUCAGCUCUAUGCAGGCUCAGACACUGGAGUAGCCCAGAUACCACUGGCCACCUGUGAGAGGUCCUCAUCCUGUAUGGACUGUGUGCUAGCCAGAGACCCAUACUGUGGCUGGAACAAUGCUCUGGGGGAAUGUGUUUUCAUUUCUAAAUCACACCGUGAAAUAAUCCAAAGUGUGAAAGUUGGAGAUGCUUCCCUUUGCCCUGAUGCUGACCCUAUCAAGCCUCUGAAUUGGUCCGUCCGGGAAGGCGAGGACCUGAAGCUUAGCUGUCUACCCCUUUCCAGCUUGGGAAAAAUCAUGUGGCAGAAGAACAAUAUCGAUCUGAUGCCUUCAGCUGCACUUCAGCUACAAGACGGACUUCUGAUCCAGAAUGUUUCAUUAAGCGAUGUCGGUCAUUACCGCUGCUUGUCUGUGGAGCACUCCAGAGCUGUAAAGCACAGCAUAACUGUAAUUGAGCAUGUGGUCACAAUUGACCUAUCAGACUCUCGCAGAGAUGGUAAGACACUGGAUGCCCAAGCUCAGACUGAUUGUGCAUCAGUUACUGGACUGCAGGUUGCAUGUGCUCUUUUGGGGCUUGCUUUUUUUGCCCUUUUGGCCUGGAACUUUUACAAAGGCCAUCUGUGUCUGCCUUGGAGUUGCUUUAAGAGUAAAAGUGAAGAACAACCUCAGGAGAGCCAGGACCAGGAGGCUUUACACUCCGGCGUGAGUUAUCAAGCUGCACCCAGAGAGGAAAAGCCCGUGGUCAUCAGCAGCAACAGUAACAACAACCAACACUGAGAGCUGAGAGUCAGAAAGCGGAAGCGCAUGACAUUAACAAAGAUAGACUUAAGAGUCAAAUGAAUGAUGGGGAUACCGAAACGGCUUCGUUUCUGCCCUGAACUAAUGAGAAUAGGGGUUCAGCUCUAAUAUUUGCAUAGAAACUUGGAUGUAAAAACAUUUCAAGUGCUUGUUUUGAUAAACAAAACUGAUAAAACUAAACUAAAUUAUUUUUGGUACAAAUAUGAUGUACUUGAAUUCCUGCCUUUUUGUUUUAUAUGCAAGUUUGUGCUUAAUUUCCUACUAAUUGUUUUAAGUACCACAGAUUGGAAUAUGUUGCAAUGACUGGUUUGAUUUUUCACAGGGAAUGUACAGUAAUUGAAAUCGAGCCACUUAUUCUGUAAC